GUUUUAGUCACCUCUAAACAAAGUUUGGGUUGGGUGUGUACAAUUCGUUAUUUUGCGAAUUUCGUUAUUUUUAUAGCUUUUUAAGAAUUAAUAUUAUCAAAAUGUUAUUAAAAGUGUUUUUACUUACGUUUUUGUGUAUUUUACCAGUAGUAUUUUCUGUAAGAUGCUAUCAGUGUGCAUCUUCACAAGAUAGUAAAGGUGAAGACAACUGUGGGGCGUAUAAGAAAUUUGAUAAAGAAAGCCACAUAGCAGUGGAAUGCUUCAGUGAUGAGUCUCAUAUGCCAGGAUCUUUUUGCAUGAAACUGACUCAACAAGGGCCUAAAGGAUUUAUUUGGGAUGGUAGAUGGCGACAAGUUAUCAGACGCUGUGCAUCCGUAGCAGUGACAGGAGUUACCGGGGUUUGUAACUGGGGUGUGUAUGAGAAUGGAGUUUACUGGGAGGAAUGUUACUGCUCAUCAGAUGAAUGUAACAGUUCAUCAUUCAUAACAUCAUCUGUAACACUUAUUUUGUGUACAAUAGGAACUGUUUUGUUCUUACCUAAAUUACUAUAAAGCAGCUUCAGAUCUUUUAAAACAUUGUGCCUUGAUAUAAAUUUUUUACUUGCAUUCUCCAUGGAAAUAACAAAAAUUGUACUAUUCUAGGCUCUCGUUUCAUCACCAUUAUGUUAUGGAAGCUAUAGACUUUAUGGCAUAAUAUAGUUUAUACGAAUUGUUCUAUAUUCAAAUUCACCUGGUGGUAUAGAGUUCAUACAAAUGUAUGUUCCAUAUUUAAAUUUUUCCGACAUUUCAUUAUAAUUGUGUUCUACAUUUAAAUUUAGCUAUGAGAUGCUGACAUAAUCAAUAUUGUGUAACAGGCCUUAAAAGUAACCUAGUGUUUCUUAUAAUGUCUACAAAAUCAUUAUGUUUGUUGUUUCUGUUUCGUUAUACCUGUAUAUUGUUUCAAUCAAACCAUCACAUCUUUGGAUCUUCAAAAACUAUUUUGUUUAGAAUCGAGACUUUUAAUAAUAUAUCAGUAAAAAUGUAUACAGUGUCUUCUUUUGAAGACAGUUGAAUGUGAAGUAUCAACAUUUAAUGUUGUGUUUUAGUAGUAGUAUAACACAUUUAGGUACAAACUAUGAUUUUUUUGUAUAAUGUAUAAAGAAUGACAAAAAAGAUUGCCUUGUCACAACAGUGCCUUAGUAUAUGUUACACUUGGUAGAUAAUUCUAUUAUUAAAUUUUUAUUUUUUAUAUUAUGUAAGUGCAAUCUAACAUUCCGUCCACUCCACAACAGAUAUUCAAAUUAAAUAUAUUUAAAACUUUUAAUGUUAGAAUAGGC